AUUGGUGAGCCGUCGCCAGUUGACGCCGCCGGUGUCCGGAACAGUCCCGUGCAGUGCCGGCGGAUCCCGUCCCGUCUGUCUGGUAACAAAAGUGACCGGCCCGCCGCCCGCGGAGUCAGACAUUCGAGUGGUGUUUGUCGUGGUUGGUCUGUGUCUCGCUCGCUCGCGCUACUUUCUGCGAUGGAUCUGCUGCUGGAGCCAUGGGCCGUGUUCCCGCUCUUGGCGGACAUCGAGCCCCAUCACACCCUGAAGGAUUCGGACAAGUUCCAGGCUUCGAUGCACCUGGGCCACUACAAACCUGACGAAGUGGUGGUCAAGGUAGCCGACAACGUGGUGACCGUGCGGGCCGAGCACGAGGAGAAGCACGAGGACGGUUACUCGCACAGCCGAACGGUGCGGCAGAUGACGCUGCCGCAGAACACCAAGGUGGACCAGCUCACCUCCCACCUGACCCCCAACGGCGACCUGCUGCUGGAGGCGCCUUACAUCAACAAGCCGGCGCUGCCUGCGACCAGGGACAUUCCGAUCGCCAUCGAGGGUGCCGGGGACGCCCCGAAGGUCGAGGGCAAAAAGUGAGCUGUGAUUUCGGGUCGGUGGACUGCUGCCCGCGGCUAUGGUUAUGUAUCGAGCCGAAUUUGUAAGUUACUGUUUUGUUCGCCAUACGCGAGGUGCUGCGGGCGACGCGCUUUCAGGGAUCAUAUGGACCCUCGAUUGAUUUUUGAUUGUAGCCCAGAGAUGUGCGCGAUUUGGGUCUCUGUCUGCCACGCUGCCGCGGCGUGGUUUGUAUCUGUGUUUGUUCGGGCCAAUAAAUGUUGACCGAUGCUGAUGCUUC